AUGAGUUUUAGAUUGGUAACCAUUAAGAGACUAAUGUCGUCAUUGAAGCGGUUCCCAUUUGAAACUAAGAAUGGCGAAGUGUAUCUAGCACAAUUCCCGAAUUCUCACUAUCAAAAUAAGAGACAGAAUUUCAAAGGUGAAACUUUCAGUACACAAGAGCAAUUACCUCCAUUGCCCGUUCCUGAAUUAGAGCAGACCAUAAACACUUAUUUGCAGUCCAUUAAACCUUAUGUUAAAGACUUGAGCUCGCAGGAGGCACUCUGCAAAGAAUUCAUUAAUGGUACUGGUUCUGUUUUGCAGAAACGUUUGCUAGAUUUUGCAAGGGACAAACGUAACUGGAUGUCUGAAUUUUGGGAUAACCAAGCCUAUCUGCAGUAUGAUGAUCCUGUCAUCCCUUAUGUGUCUUAUUUCUACUCGCAUGCCAAGUUACCUGCUGAAUUGGCAAAGAUUGAUAAGGAUCCUCUCUUAAAGGCUACAGCUAUAAUAUCUACUGUCAUCAAGUUCAUUGAAUCUAUCAAGGAUGAAUCACUUCCACCAGAAAUUAUCAAGGGAACACCAUUUUGCAUGAACAGUUUCCAGUUAAUGUUUAACAACUCUCGUAUACCAGACACUACCCAAGACUCAAACGUGUUCUACUCUGUAUAUGAAAACAACUUCAUGAUUGUUACUUACAAAGGUAACUUCUAUAAAGUUUUCACUCACUUUAAGGAAAAUGAUAUGGAUGAGCAAAGCAAAACAGAAGCUAUUAAUAAACCAUUGCCUGUCAAUCUAAUCUGGCAACAGUUGUACAACAUUGUUAAUGGUCCCCUUUCUAAGAAUGCCACUGCUAUCAACUCAGGUGUUGGUUCGUUGACGUCACUACCAAGAGAUCAAUGGCGCGAAGUUCAUGCAGAAUUGAUCAAAGAUCCAUUAGCAAAGGAGUCACUCGAAACUAUUCAUCGUGCUUCUUUUAUGCUUUGCCUAGAUUUGGACAAAAGCCCUGUUACUCUAGAAGAAAAGUCUAGAAACUGCUGGCACGGGGACGGUUUUAAUAGGUUCUUUGACAAGCCAUUACAGUUUUUUGUUACUGGUAAUGGUACUUCAGGGUUCUUGGCGGAGCAUUCUAAGAUGGAUGGUACUCCAACAUUAUUUUUGAAUACUUUUGUUUGCCAGCAAUUGAGGAAGAUUGAUCAAAGUAAGUUUAUUAAUUCCGUAUUUGAACCUGUUCGUGAGACCGACUACCAUCAACCAAAAUUAUUACCUUUUGUAAUCACUCCAAGAAUUUCAGAAAGUGUACAAGCUGCUCAAAUUCAAUUCAGAGACGUUAUUGAGGAACACGAUUUGCGCGUCUGGCAUUAUAAUAGGUAUGGUAAGGAGUUCAUGAAGAAGAACGGCAUGUCCCCUGAUGCGUUUAUUCACCAAGUUAUUCAAUUAGCUAUUUAUAAAUACUUGGGAAGACAACUUCCAACGUAUGAGGCUGCUUCGACCAGAAAGUACUUUAAAGGUCGUACGGAAGCUGGAAGAUCAGUUUCUGAACCAUCCGCUAAUUUUGUCAAGACAUGGGAAUCGACCAAUGCUUCAGAUGAGGAAAGAAUCGAAGCAUUGAAGGCAUCUGCAAAAUACCAUGCUCAAUAUUUGAAAAUGGCUGCAGAAGGACAAACUAUUGACCGUCACUUUUUUGGUUUGAAGAAUAUGAUCAGGAAUGGGGAAGAAGUUCCUGCAUUAUUCGAGGAUCCUAUUUUCAAGUACUCAUGUACAUGGUAUGUUUCAACAUCACAACUAUCCUGUGAAUACUUUGAUGGAUACGGAUGGUCCCAAGUCAAUGACAAUGGUGUAGGCCUUGCUUAUAUGCUAAAUAAGGACUGGAUGCACAUUAAUAUCGUUACUAAGCCUGAAAAGAGUAUGCUCUCUGUUGAUAAAUUACAUUAUUAUUUAAGUGAAGCUGCGGAUGAGAUUGCCGAUACCUUGAACAGAUCUCCUACUUCCACUAUUAAAGCUAAGUUGUAA